CUUUGUAAACGCAGAAAAACCCUACCCGUCUUUUCCAAGCUCUAAAACCCCAUAGCCUCUCUCACUGUUUUCCAUUUUUUCCUACCAGACCAGAGACCAUGGACACAACAACAACUGUGAACCCUGAUCUUGUCCUGAUUCUUGACUAUGGUUCUCAGUACACCCACCUCAUCACGCGCCGUAUUCGGUCUCUCAACGUUUUCUCCCUCUGCAUUACCGGAACCUCCUCGCUCAAAACCAUCUCGACCCUAAACCCACGAGUCGUCAUCCUUUCCGGAGGUCCUCACUCGGUCCACGCGCCGGACGCGCCGAGUUUCCCCGACGGGUUCGUCGAGUGGGCCGAGUCGAACGGUGUCCAUGUCUUGGGUAUUUGCUAUGGUUUGCAUCUGAUUGUGCAGAAGCUCGGUGGUGAUGUCAGGGAUGGUGAGAGCAAAGAGUAUGGGAGGAUGGAGAUUGAGGCGAAGGGCGAGUCGGCGAUUUUCGGGUCGGAGAAUGUCGGGAAAAGACAAGUUGUUUGGAUGAGCCACGGAGACGAGGCGGUGAAGUUGCCGGAGGGUUUUGAGGUUGUGGCGGAGAGCAAGCAAGGAGCCAUCGCCGCCAUUGAGAACCAGAAGAGGAGGUUUUAUGGCUUACAGUAUCAUCCUGAGGUGACACAUUCAUCACAAGGAAUGGAGACUCUUAGGCACUUCCUCUUCGAUGUGUGUGGAGUUUCUGCUGGCUGGAAGAUGGAGAAUCUGUUGGAAGAAGAAGUUAAAGUGAUAAACAAAACCGUAGGUGCAGAUGAACAUGUCAUUUGCGCGCUAUCGGGAGGUGUGGACUCCACUGUUGCUGCAACUCUUGUUCACAAAGCCAUUGGAGAUAGGCUUCACUGUAUCUUCGUAGAUAACGGGUUAUUGAGGUAUAAGGAGAGAGAACGAGUGAUGGGGACCUUCAAGAAAGACUUGCAUCUGCCCGUGACGUGUGUUGAUGCGUCGGAGCAGUUCUUGAGUAAGCUGAAGGGAAUUGUAGAUCCCGAGGCGAAAAGGAAGAUCAUUGGUCGGGAGUUCAUCAACAUCUUUGAUCAAUUUGCACAUGAAUUGGAGCAGAAGCUCGGGAAGAAACCCGCUUAUCUAGUCCAAGGCACUCUUUACCCGGAUGUGAUUGAGUCGUGUCCUCCCCCAGGAACCGAUAGAACUCACUCUCACACCAUCAAAAGCCAUCAUAACGUCGGAGGGCUCCCUAAGGACAUGAAACUGAAGCUCAUCGAGCCACUCAAGCUCCUUUUCAAGGAUGAGGUUCGGGAGCUCGGGAGAAUCUUGAAUGUUCCUCAAGGAUUCUUGAAGAGACACCCAUUCCCGGGUCCAGGACUCGCGGUCAGAGUCUUGGGGGAUGUCACGGAAGGAGACGCUCUUGAUGUUCUCCGUCAGGUGGAUGAGAUUUUCAUCCAAUCCAUCAAAGAAGAGGGCCUUUACGAUCUAAUCUGGCAAGCCUUUGCGGUUUUCUUGCCCAUAAAAUCGGUUGGAGUCCAAGGCGAUAAGAGAACUCAUUCUCAUGUUGUUGCCCUUCGCGCUGUUACCAGCCAAGACGGCAUGACAGCAGAUUGGUUUAAUUUUGAACACAAGUUUCUGGACAACGUUUCCCGGAAAAUAUGCAACAGCGUUAGGGGCGUUAACCGCGUUGUUCAAGACAUUACCUCUAAGCCUCCUUCCACCAUCGAAUGGGAAUAGAUUUAAAAAAAAUUGCCAGUUAUUAUUAUUAUUUUUUAAUCAUAAUUGUGAAGACUAUGAAGUCUUUUGAACUUCAUGCUGAUUGUAUUAUUUUUCCUUCAUAUGAUUAUAUUAUAUA